AUGCCGUCAAAGGAACGUGACGACGACGUCAAUGUCGACGACCGCAUGCGCGACAAGGCCCGCCGCUCAAAGUCGGAGCGCAAACCUGAUCGAGACCGCCCCCACCGCUCUUCGAAAUCCGCUCGCAGCUCCAGCGAUACGCAUUCCCUCACGUCGUCCGUCAGGCGGCACCGGAAGAGGGACGACAGAGACAGGGACCGAGAUAGAGAUCGAGAUAGAGAUCGAGACAGAGACAGAGAUCGGGAGAGGGACCGCCUUCCUCAGCGCCCGGCCUCCAUGUCCGACCUGGGCGUCGAUGGCAUGUCCAAGCUGUCCAUAGACAAGGAUCGCAUCUCGCUGCCCUAUCCCUCCUUUGACAAGGCUCACAGCAAAGAGUCCAUCGUCAGCCGCGAUGACAUUGCGUCUACGUCUUCUCAGCCCAAGGCAUCCAAUCCCCUGACGCCUGAACCCACCGACGUUGGCGGUGGCAGCGGUGCAGCUGGAGGAGGUGGUGGUGGUGGUGGUGGAGGCAGUGGAGGUGGAGAUGAUCGUCGAUUAAGGCCUGAAGACGCUCUUCAUCGAUCCUCAUCCAAGAAGGCUUCUCGCCCGCCUACGCCUCCCGAAACAGACGUCUCCGCCGCAAAGAAGCGUGCCGAGGACUUGGACCGCGGCCACAAGUCAAGCAUCUCAAGAUCAGGCUCGCGCGCUGAAGACUACGACCGCGGCAACAAGUCCACCGUCUCCAGGUCAGGCUCGCGCGCUACCGAGGAGAGAUCCUCCUCCAAAGUUAGCCGCCGCUCAUCCACCAGCGCGGCAACCCUGAUACGCUCACCCAGCAACAAGAUUCACGACAAGCUCCGAUCCUCUGUGCUCUCACGCUCCUCAAGCUCCGCCUCACGCCACACAUCCAAGCGGUCUUCUUCCACUCGCAGUGUCAAGAAGAGCAAACCCGAGCCGCUGCAUGUCGACUCCUCUCCGUCCAGCGCCCAGGACUCAUCUCCCAAGACGCCCACCCAAGCUCACCAAUUCCCUCACCACCUCUACGGCGACUCCAAGCGAUCUCGUACUCCCGCCUCCGGCGUUGACGGCGACGACUAUGCAUCCACCAUUAACUCGGGCACCGCUACGCCCGCCAUGAAGGCGCCCACUCAUCCUCCGCCUCCGCCUCCUAUGCCUCCGCCGCCUCCUCCUCCCGCCGUCGACGUCCUCGAGAUACCCAGGGUAGACUACCUACUACAAAACGGUGGCCUCUCGCAGCCAGUUACUAGACAUUUCUUAUCAGUCAUGCCUCUCGUCAACGGCACACUAAGGCCCGCAAACUCCCUCCUCAGCGGCGCCGAGACGCUCUUCACCCCGUUUGUCAGCCUCCUGGACCAAUAUCAAACGGUCCUUUCCAAGCAGGGAUCCGUUGCAGUAGCCACUGGCCAUCGGUCAGUCGCUCGCCGCUUGCUCGACCGGCUCGAAAACGUCUUCUCCCGAGAUCUACCGCCUCACGGCUGCUCCUGCAUUAUAUGCGAGAAAUCCAACGAGCCUCACCGCGGCCUCAACUGGGGAGAUGUUCUAGAGUGGGUCAGCGGACGCAUUGAGCUCCCUUCAUGGCCGCCCUUUGACCUGGCAGACAUUGGUCACAAGGCAGCUGAGAUAUCGGGCGAAACCCCCCCAAGGCCAGACUCGCCCAUCCAGCUGGAUCCCGACAUCGCCGAAGAGUUCAGGGAGCACUAUUUGCGCCAGUCCAAAAAGGUCAGGUCUGCAGUCGACAGGUGGCUCACCAGCACGGGUGAAACGCCUGUGCCUCCCCCCCAAGAUGUCGACGACGAGACGCUGAGUUUCGCCAUCCUGACCAACCUCGACGCCGAAGACCGCCCCUACUUCAACGCCCUCCUCGCCGGAUCAAAAGAGCUGAGGCCAGCAACCCGCGCCCCUACUCCCCUCAACCGGCCGCGCAACGACUUUAUCGUCAAGACUGGUCUCUCACUGCAGCGGCUGUACCGCCUUCAGCAAGUGCCUCGAGAUGCGGAGAGCGCGACAUACCUCAUCAAGAAUCACCAUACCCACGACCUUCUCAUUACCCUGUCCAACAUUAACAGUCAAGAAUGGGAGAUUUUGACAUCCGGCCGGUUUGAUGGAUUCCUGUGGUCUGGUGCCGAUGAUGACUUCAACGGGGUAGAAUCAAGAGGCCCCACGCCAUUCCGAGGCCCUUCGGCCAUGGGUUCCCGAACCAAUACCCCCUUCUCCCCUUACUCCCGCAACACCACGCCAGCAUCCUUCAUCAGCCUUUCGUCCACAGGUGGGGGGAGCCGACCCCCGGUUUCCAACGACGAAGAGAUGGAGAUGGCAGCCAUUGCCGAGAUUGAGCGUGAGAUUUACCAGGGUAUGGAGGCCUUGGAGGAUGCAUUCGAGAAGCUCCACCACCAAGCGGAGACGGUCCGAACCGCCCUGCGGCAGCGUGGAGCUGGACUCAUGCAGAAUCUCCAGAGCCGACGACGCAUCGACGUGCUCUCGGUUCCCGGCUCGGGUAACUCGCAAAACUCGGGCUACGAGCGACCCUCGUGGGCUGGAAGCGAUGCUGAAAACGCCAGUGACGAUGAUUGGCAGAUGGAAGAGUACGAUCUAUACCCCGAUGACUCGGCCAGUAACAUCAGCAGCAGCCGGCACAGGCGACCAAAGAGGCGUGUUGAGCGUCGCACUCCAGCUCCCAUUGAGGAGGAAGAGGAGCAGUGA